AAUAGCGGCAAAAUUGAAAAAUGGCGGAGAUUGAGCGGACUGUGGAAGUCGCUACUGCGCUUCCAAUUACCCUGGUUUCCGAAGACUGGGUGAAGAGUGUGUGGGACAAUGACUUCACCGAGAUCGACGCCCUAUCAGAGGACAUCAGGGAAGAAUUCCAGUCCAGUAGUUAUUUCACAACACAGCUGGAGGAGUUUAAGUCACUUCUAUCUGACUGGCUGGUGCAGAAAGAAGUCAACACAGGAGAGGGUUUCUGGACUGUGCUGGUGGAGAAUGAUGUUUCCGUGAAGGCCAUCAUAGCUGUGUUGGGAUAUCUCAUAGAUAGUGGUUGUAAGUUAACAUCCAACUCUGAACAGAGAGCAGCAGCUAUCUUGUCUGCUGCCACCUAUUUCAAGCUUGUCAGUGUGCCAGGCAGCGGCGCCUUCAAGGUGUACAGUCCAGAGCUGUUCAUCAAGGCUGUGGAUGUCUUCAAGCUCUGGAAUAAACUCGGAACAUGCAAAAGGAAACGAGCUUCGCCAUCAGCAUCAAGGAGCCAGAGCAGCCAAAGCAGCCAGAGGAGCAGGAAGGGGCGUGGCGCCAAGAGAGGCAGGAAGACUUCGGCAGAGAACACGCACUUCAACAUCUCUGAGUUCCCUGAUGACGAUGAGGAGGAGGGGGUGGAAGAGGAGGAGUUGACACCGAGGGAGGUGGCUCGCUUCCACGCCAUGAUGAAGAACCUGCUUCAGGACCUUGUUGCUCUACUGGAGACAUUCUCUCUCAAGUCCUCGGAGUCGACAGCCCAUCACACCAUAAUGGUUCUGGCAGAGAUAUCUCGGAUGGAAGGGGAUCUCAUCACCACACAGUUUGGCAGCUGGCCCAGACCAAAUCAUAUGUCUCCUGCUUGCUUGGCGUACAAGGGGAUGACUGCCAUAUGCUCUCCUCUCCACGGUCAUGUUGUUUCCAUGACAACAGCAACGUUCAAGUACCUGCUGCAGAAUGUUCUGAUGUUGAUCGGCAACAACAAGUCUGUCAUAGCUCAGAACAUCCCUCGGCCUGUUGUCAACACCAGGGACAAUGCUGUCAAGUUCAUACGGUUCUUGAUCAAAGAAGGAGAUGAGAGAGUUAUCUCCCCUACAACACAUCUCUUACAGCAUCUAUGUACAAAGGUUCCUGAUAAGACAGAAUACAGGACCAAAGUUGCACAGACAGUAGUGUCUCUGUUCGAGGAUCUGCCUGACGAGGCGUAUGUCAAAAUGAUGGAGUGGAUGAAGAGACUCAGCAAACAUCAAAAAAUAAACAACCGAGUGAUGUCCCUGGACGUCGUUGCCCUCUUGUUGGCGGCUCCCCAGAGACAGCUGAAGGAUGAGGUUCCGGCUGAGCAGUCACUGUACACAACACAUCGCUUCCUGGUUAUCCUGCUCAUAUCCCGGUGUUCCGACAUCGCUCCCACGGUUCGGACGCGGGCAAUCUCCGCAUUUGCCCAUCUGCUGUCGUCCGGUGAUGGAAGUCUCCUCAGCACCCUCAGAGAGAUGGUGACCCCCAAAGUUGGCCCCCGUCUGGGUGGUCCUGUCAGGCUGAUCCCAACCCCGGGGGUCGACACAAGGACAGUUGCUCACACAGAAGGCACCGCCAUGGAUCAGAACGACCAGACAGUGGAGGCGGAGGGUUCCACUGCAGAGAAGACUGCUGAUGGGGUCACUGUGGACAGUCAGGCCAAAACGCCAUUCAACCAGAUUGAACUGACCCCUGGCUUCAAUGCAAACCUGAUAGACGACGAUGGCGUCAUCUCCAUGUUGCGUCGUCGCAGCCAGGACCAGAAGGUAAACGUGAGGAAGGCAGCUCUACAGGCCUUAGAGUGUAUGAUCCGCUUCGAGGCCCCAGACUACCGGAAAGAGGAUCUGGCUAUACUGGAGGAGCGCUGUGCCGACCCGUCGCUGUCGGUGAGGAAGCAGGCCAUGAUGUCGCUGACGGAGCUUCUGCUGCAGCACACCACAGACACGAAGAUGCAGCGGGCCUGGUUGGAUGGAGUUCUCCCCCUUGUAAUGGACAGGGAGACAACUCUUCAGGACAAGUGCAUCGAGACACUGGAGGAUAUCGUCCUGGAUAAUGUGGUGCCACACAACAGAUCCAAGGACGAAGGACACCAACUGGUGUGGAGUCUCCUGAGCAUCAUGACCCAGUAUGAGAGUCUAGACUUGAAACGCUACCUGCAGAGGGCGUGUCAGCACUGGUCGCGGCAGGGGAAGCUGAAGGGGGCGAUCGUCAACCACCUGCAGACACACCUGGACACACAGAAUGAUAAGGGGGCGUGGCUGCUUCUGGCUGAGAUCGCUACAUCCUUCCCCAAGAUGAACAAUGACUUCCUGCUGAAGUACUGGGACAAGCACUCUGCAGAGAUGAGCAAUGAAAACAGUACCUGGCCACAAGUCAUCUCUGUCAUCGGAUGUGUAGCCAAACAUCUCCCUGCAGACAGACGCACUGAUAUUGCUGAUGAAUUGAAGGACAGACUGAAGAAGUUUGAUUCCUCCCCCCAGCUGACCGCUGUCAUCAUCAACACCCUCUCCAAGCUGUGUGAGGCGGGGUCGGAUGAGAGCACGAGUCGUCGAGUGAGGGAGAGCUGGUGCAGCUGCCUGCUGAACGCCUGUGAUGAGUACCUCUCUCACAUCAUCCUUAAUGAAGAGGCUUCAUCUAUUGGCAGUGAAGAAGAGGAUCAGAUAGUUCGCUACCUGUUCACGCUGGGAGAGAUUGCACAGCUGUGCCCGGCCAAGACACCCAAGCGUGUGUUUAUGCUGGUGCAGUCUCUCAUAGCUGCCCCUUGUAUUGAUGACGAGUCAGGCUCCCAGGAGAUCCCCUGCUCACAGACUUUCCCCUCCUCGGGCGAGGUGACCAGUAGUCAGGGCACCGUGCUCUCACAGCCUCUCUCUCAGUUCCGCGACUCCAAGAUGUCUGGCAAGAUCCGAGCCCACGCCUUCAUCACACUUGGUAAACUCUGUCUCCAGAACGAGAAUCUUGCUAAGAAAUGUAUCGCAGCUCUGGCCCGCGAGUUAGAGACAUCACAUGACCCCAACAUCAGGAACAACGUCAUCAUCAUCAUGUGUGACUUGUGUGUCAGGUACACAACCCUGGUAGACAGGUAUGUGGCCAACAUUGCCUCCUGUCUGAAGGACCCGUCACCUCUCGUCCGCAAGCAGACCCUCACACUCAUGACCAGGCUCCUCCAGGAGGACUUCCUCAAGUGGAAGGGUGUGUUGUUCUAUCGGUUCAUCACCACUCUCCUGGACACCAACACACACAUCAGGGACUUUGCGGAGUUCUGCCUGAUCCAUCUCCUCCUGCAGAGACAGCCGACCAUGUUCUUCCAUCACUUCGUCGAGUGCAUCUUCCACUUCAAUGCCUAUCAGGCCCACUCAGUGUACAACAAGUUCACCCAGUCGGACCGGGAGAAGCAGAUGUUUUCUCUCAGUGGCAAACAGAAUGCCGACAAGCGCCUAAAGCUGUAUCUGUUCAUGCUUGAACAUAUGACGGAUGAACAUCGCUUCCAGCUGUCCGCGAAAAUCUGUCAAGACAUCCUUGGCAGCGCGGUGGACGGUGUGCUGCCGCUGGAGGGGGAGAGUACCGCCAUCCUGCAGGACGCCCUCGCAAUCCUCGGCAGUAAGGAGAUCAAGCUGUCCUCCCUGAAGGUCCGGCCUCACGAUGAUGUUGCAGAGGAGCAGGACAUGGCUGCUGUUGUCAUGGCAACUGCAAAGAAGACAUUGAUCACCCAGGUGUUGAAGAAGAAUGUCAUUGAGAACAUCGUUCCUAUCGUGACAUCACUCAAGAAAAUGCUGGAGAAACAGAAAAGCCCUGUGCUGCGAUACCUCAUGUUGUAUCUGCGUGAACUCAUGAAGGACUACAAGAAUGAGGUCAAAGACAUUCUGUCAGCUGACAAGCAGCUGGCCACGGAAAUUGAGUACGACCUCCGUAUGUUUGAGGAGCAGCAAGCUGCAGCAGAGAAACGCCGACACGAGAAUACGCCAGUACAGAGGGCCCCUAUUCAGGGCCGACUGUCGAUGUCCCCAGCAUCGGGCUCCCCCAGACCGGACGGCUCCCCCAAGCCAGGUUCACCAGCCAGAUCUCCCAGCACCCCUAAACAGGGGAAGUCCCCUGCCCCUGGGUCUGCCAAGCCACCCACACCCGUCGGGACUCCUGGGGCUAAGCCACAGAGUCCGCUGGCUACCAACAAACCUUCCACCCCUCUCAGUGCCAGCAGAACACCAGAGAGACAGGGCACGCCCAGCAGAUGCACACCCCUGGCCACGCUUGCCAUCCUCAACUCUGCCAGGAAGGCCCUGACUCGCAACACGGUGCUACGGGAAGUCCGCAACUCUCCCAAACCCAAGGAGAAGGCCAAGGCGACCGAGAGGGAGAAGGAACGACGACGGUCUGCGGUCAAGUGGGCAGACAAGGACGGUGGGGCACUACAAGAAGUGUCGCCCAGUCAGGCUGAGAACAAUACCGAGAAUGUGCGAACACCACCACGGCGAACGAGGAAGUCAAGCCGUGCCAUCAGCACUCCAAGUGCACACCUUGCCCAAACAGAUGUUCUCGGCAACAUCACCUUUGCUGGGGAGCAGAACAUCACGCUGAUACCGCCAUCCCCGAUCCCAACCUCUGUUCCUGUGCGUGUGUAUCCUGAUGUCUCGGAAGAUGCAACCUCAGCAUCACCAGUGCGGCAAGGUCGCAACAAGCCUCGUGAUGACCUCGUCUACAUGUUCUCCCCCGAUAAACCAGCGCCAAGAGUGAAACCCUGGAACAUUAAACCAUCAUCCACGGCCGCGGUAGUGGAGUCUGGCGAUGCUGAACCAGCAGUGGAUGGUGAGGAGGACGAGGCAGCCGAGGUUUCUGUUAGUACCCGAUCUCGCCGCCAGAAGGCUGUUUCAACAGCAACACGCAGAAGUUCUCGAAGCAAGAGAUAAUACAAAUUAAUUGGAGAUUUGGUUUAUGAAGGUCCUGUGCCUUGUAUUGUCUCUGCUCCAAUGCACGAAAUAUGCAAUAUGGCUUAAAGAUGGAAUUUGUACCAUAAUCUGAUGAUCAUCUGUUUGAAACCAUUACUUGCCUUGAUUGUCAACCCCAUACCAUUUCCCCUAAAGAGGUGCAUCACAUUGUACCUUCUUCUCACCUCACGCAUGCAUAAACCCUCACUCACUCACUCACGAAGGAGACUAAUACAUUAUUCACUAUGCAACACGUCAUACAUGACUUGUCACCAGAUGCCACCACAUAGAAAUCAAACAUGGAACGGGUAGAAACUAAAUUUUUUAGUCCACUCGUCCUUAUAAUGACAACAUAAGGCAAAAAAAUUAAAAAUGGCAAAUUUCUACUAGUCGUCUUGAUACCUUAACUACUGGGCAGUUUGACAAGGACUACAGGACUAGUGACAAUUUCUAACGCUGUGAAUAAUUAAAGAUAUGUAUAUUCAAUGUCUGUUGAUUAAUCCGUUCAUGAAGCUUAACAGACAAGUGAGUGAGUGAGUAUGAUUUUACGCCACUUUCUGCAAUAUUCCAGCAAUAUCACGGCGGGGGACACCAGAAAUGGGCUUCACACAUUGUACCCAUGUCGGGAAUCGAACCCUGGUCUUUGGCGUGACGAGCGAACACUUUAACCAUCAGGCUACCCGACCGCACUUAACCAGACACAAGUAGUAGUCAUCUUUAGUGUUGGCAGUAUUACAUCAUUUCUUGCCAUUAUCAUGUCAGGCCUUUUUCUUCACAAGCUGGUUUAUGGAUUUGUUUUCUCAAAAUCACUGGUCGGGGGUUGAAAUAAAAACAAAUUUAGACCCUUAAGAGUAUUUUCUUUUUCUUUUUGUACAAGAUAAGUAGGUUGAGAACAAAUUCAUUAUUCUUUCGCUAAUUUGUCAUUUUUGUAAAAUGUGACAGGAAUGUUUACAUGUAAAAAAUACAGCCACACAUUGCAUGGAGAACCGGUGAGGCUACAGAUCGAAUUUGAGUAAAAAUGUUCGGGUUAUUUGGCAUGUAUCGCCUGCAUUAGUCAGUUUGUGAAUUUCUCUUUGUCAUAAGUGUGAUUAACAGGAUCGGUUGGAAUUAUAUUUUUUCAAAAUUACUGUCUUUUUGGGUCAGACAAUCCGUUAAGUUUGAAAAACAAAUGCCUAGGUGUGAAAGUUGACCGAUUUUGCCUAUUCCACCAAGCUGUCUCUGUACUUGUGAUUUGAUCCCCACUGUGAGUGUUGAGUUAUCAUGCAGGGCUAUGUAUCAGAGAUGCUAUGUAUCAGCGAUGCUAUGUAUCAGAGAUGCUAUGCUGAUUUUGUGGAUCGGGUGACUGAACAAUGUUUGCUACCCUGUUUCACUUGAAUGUAAAAGUUUGGAAUAAACCACUGUCUAAACCAUCUGA